CUCCCAGCGGCCGAAUCCUCGCUGCGCACUGCGUACUUCGCGCUUCCGGCUGAGGCUCGAGUCGCGCUAGGCCUCUUGUGGAAAUGUGAACGUCUGCACAUCGCACCAGCGCCCUGACGGUUGGAGACGCGAACAACGUGACUUUCGCCCGCUGGUCCACGGCCAGCAUCGCGUCCAUCAAAGACAGCGAGCGCAAACGAGAGCGAGCGCAUCCCCCGUCGGACAGCGCGUUCAGAGCCGAGCGCGACGGCCACGACGACGGCCACGACGACGACCACGCCCGCGACGACGCAGACCAAGGCGAGGAAGAACGGCCAGCUUCACGCCAGCACCGGCCCGCCCGUGGUGAUGCGCACACGCUCAGCGCGCACGAUUCGGUAUGGAGCGCGACUUCCAACCCCAUCAGUACAUUCCCGGCCAUGACGGCCCAGGAAGACCACGGCCGAGAAGGCCACAGACGGACUAUGGCUCGACCAUGGUGCAGUGGAUGCGGCAUCGCCGCCCAAAGUACCGCGGGGGCGCAUACAUGGAGGCAGAAAGACCCAGCUCCAGCUACAUAGUUGACAUGAUCCCGCCUCUAGGCAGGCCAGACCGAGCUGCAGACUCCAUUCCUGUCAAGCAUCUUCAUUCGUCUCUUAACAAGCAGAAGUUCCCCAUCAACCAUGUGUCAUGGACGCCCGAGGGUAGACGUCUGCUCACCGCAUCGUCGAGCGGCGAAUUCACGCUGUGGAACGGCAUGGGCUUCAACUUCGAGACGAUCAUGCAGGCCCACGACACAACCGUGCGCGCUGCCGUUUGGUCUCACAACGACGAGUGGUUCGUUUCCACCGACGCUGAAGGCACCAUCAAGUAUUGGCAAACGAACUUCAAUAACGUCAAGUCCUGGAAGGGCCACGAUCAGCCGAUCAGAGGCGUGGCUUUUGCCCCGACCGACUCCAAGUUCGUGACUGGAGGCGACGAUGGAAUACUCAAGAUCUGGGAUUUUGCCAAAUCCGUCGAGGAGAACCAGCUGACAGGCCAUCAGUGGGAGGUGCGAUGCCUCGACUGGCAUCCAACCAAGGGCCUGGUCGUGUCAGGGUCCAAGGAUCACUCCGUGAAGCUUUGGGACCCUAGGAAUGCCAGGUGUCUGACGACGCUGAGCUCGAGCAAGAACCAGGUAUCAAAGACGCUGUUCGAGCCCACCCAGGGCCAUCUGCUGGCGACCACUGGGCGAGAUCAGAUCGUGCGUAUAUUUGACCUGCGCAUGAUGCGGGACAUGCUUCUCUGUCGAGGACAUCCCUUUGAAGUCACAUCCCUCGCGUGGCAUCCCAUACACAAGAACCUGCUGUCCAGCGGUGGCCACCAAGGCGCCAUCCACCACUAUCUACUCGAUGAACAAAACCCACCAGCCGGUCAAGCGGCCACCAUCUCCCCUUACGACACUGCAGACCCUGCAAACGCGCCAACGCAAACAAUCUACCCCGCACACUCUAUUCCCUAUGCUCACGAACCGACCGGUCCCGUCUGGUCGCUGGCCUGGCACCCUCUAGGUCACAUCCUGGCCUCAGGAGCAAAUGACCGCAUCACCCGUUUCUGGUCUCGCGCCCGACCAGGCGACACGGUGUGCUUCAACGACCGAUAUCACAUCGGCCAAGCCGCAGCAGAGGCGCAGGGCACCUACAGUCGCAAGAGUGCAUACCGCCAGGAACGCGAGGAAGAAGCUUUGGAGGAGGAAGACGAGGCGGAGGGUCUGGUCGACCAGAACAAGACCAGUCCUAUGCCUGCUCUGCCGGGUCUCUCGCUACCGGUCGGCGACGCGGUGCCCGGCUUGCCCGGCCUCACGCCCGCGCAACCUAUCCCUGCCCUUCCAAAUAUGCCUGUCCCGCCUCCACCGCCUCCUCAGUUCCAGGGUUUGCCCCGAGACGUGGAUCUGGGCAUGCUCGCCAGCAUGGAUCCCGCCCGCAUGGCGCAAGUUCUCGGCGUGAAACCGCCGCCCAUCCCGGCACCGGGCCAGGUGCCGUUCCCGCCUCCCGGCCUGCCUCCCGGCCUGCCACCGGGCAUCCUACCACCCAAUUUCGGCAACGGCGCUCCAGCGGCACCGCCCGGCUUCGUGCUGCCCCAGGCUUUGGCCCCGUCGUCGCAGCACCAAGGGUACCAGGUGCCGCCGCAGACUGCGCCAAACGGGAACGGCAUCCCCGGCUUUGCAGCGCAGCCGCAACAGCAGCAGCAGGAUACGGGGGCAAACAGCGGAGGAAUAAGGAAGAGGGCGCCGUUGCCGGAUCAGAAGGAUGCGUUGCAGGCCGAGCAGCGACAGGGACGGUACAGACAUGCGAGGUAGGCAAUGUACCUGCGAGUGAUCAUGACGGGCAAACAAAGCAAGCGCACAAAUCGGAUGGACGAAUCCACAAUUCGAAGAGAAGUCUUGGAAGAAAACCCUGGGUUUUUUUUGGUAUUUGUAGAAGUACAUGUUGUGUUGGGUUGAGGGCUUGUCUUUUAUAUAUAUAUAUAUGUUUGUGUGUGUCUCGCAAGUAGAGAACAGGAAAAAAAAAAAGGGCAGAGCUGGGAAUAAAACUCCAAUCAUACACGGUGGGCCUUGCCGCCUGCCCAUCUCCCGAAGCCAGAAACCUGAUUGAAACCGA